GCGGGGCGGCGGGGAGCGGGCCCCCCCCGCGCCCCGUGCCCGCAGCGCUGCCGGGACGGGAGCAUGCGGCUCCUCUUCCUCUGCCUCCUGACUCUCGCUGACUGCUACGGGCAAGCGGCACAGACACGGUUUGUGGAGGAGCCCGAGGACCAGACCGUGGUGGCCGGGCAGAGGAUUGUGCUGUCCUGCGUGGUGCUCAACUACUCUGGGAUCGUGCAAUGGACCAAGGAUGGGCUGGCGCUGGGCAUGGGGCAGGGCCUCAAAGCCUGGCCACGCUACCGCAUCGUGGGCACGGCUGACUCAGGACAGUACAACCUGGAGAUCAGCGACGCCGAGCUCUCCGACGACGCCGUCUAUGAAUGCCAGGCAACCGAGGCUGCGCUGCGCUCACGCCGGGCCAAACUCACCGUGCUCAUUCCCCCCGAGGACCCCACCAUCGACGGAGCCCCCGAGAUCCUGCUGCGUGCAGGGACCCCCUACAACCUGACGUGCCGGGCACGCAGCGCCAAACCCGCUGCCACCAUCAUCUGGUACCGCGAUGGGCUGCAGCAGGACGGAGCCAUCACCACCACGGAGGUGCUGGCUGACGGCAAGAGGGAGACGACCACCAGCCUGCUGGCCAUCAACCCCACCGACCUGGACAUCGGGCGCGUCUUCUCCUGCCGCAGCACCAACGAUGCCAUCCCUGCUGGGAAGGAAACCUUUGUCAAGCUCAACGUGCAUCAUCCCCCGACUGUCACCCUGUCCAUCCAGCCGCAGACGGUGCAGGAGGGCGAGCGGGUUGUGUUCACCUGCAUGGCCACCGCCAACCCUGAGAUCAAAGGCUACAGGUGGGCCAAGGGGGGGGUGAUCAUUGAGGAUGCCAAGGAGAACAGGUACGACACGCAGGUGGACUACACCUUCUUCACCGAGCCCGUCUCCUGCGAGGUGCACAACGACAUCGGCAGCACCAACGUCAGCACACUGGUGGACGUGCACUUCGCCCCUCGCAUCAUGGUGGCCCCCAAACCCACCGUCACUGACAUUGGCUCCGAUGUGACGCUGACCUGCAUGUGGUCCGGCAACCCCCCGCUGACCCUCACCUGGACCAAGAAGGAGUCCAACAUGGUGCUGAGCAACAGCAACCAGCUGUACCUGAAGUCGGUGACGCAGGCGGACGCAGGGCAGUACAUCUGCAAAGCCAUCGUCCCCCGCAUCGGCGUGGGCGAGCGCGAGGUCACUCUCUACGUCAACGGGCCCCCCAUCAUCUCCAGUGAGGUGGUGCAGUACGCGGCACGUGGAGACCGUGGCAAAGUGGAGUGCUUCAUUGGCAGCACGCCGCCCCCAGACCGCAUCGCCUGGGCUUGGAAGGAGAACAUUUUGGAGGCAGGGACGCUGGAGCGCUACACGGUGGAGAGGACCACGAUGGGCAGCGGGGUGCUGUCCACCCUCACCAUCAACAACGUGAUGGAGGCCGACUUCCAGACCCACUACAACUGCACCGCCUGGAACAGCUUCGGGCCAGGCACCGCCAUCAUCCAGCUGGAGGAAAAAGAAGUCCUGCCUGUGGGCAUCAUCGCCGGGGCCACCAUUGGGGCCAGCAUCCUCGUCAUCAGCUUCCUCGUGGCACUCGCCUGCUUCCUCUACCGGCGUCGGAAAGGAAGUCGGAAGGAUGUCACCCUGCGCAAGCUGGACAUCAAGGUGGAGACGGUGAACAGGGAACCACUGACACUGCAUGCUGACAGGGAGGAGGAUACAGCCAGCGUCUCCACUGCCACCCGUGUCAUGAAGGCCAUCUACUCGUCGUUCAAGGAUGACGUGGACUUGAAGCAGGACCUGCGCUGUGACACCAUCGACACCCGCGAGGAGUACGAGCUGAAGGACCCAACCAAUGGCUACUACAACGUCCGUGCCCACGAGGACCGCCCGGCCUCGCGCACUGUGCUCUAUGCUGAUUACCGCGCUCCAGGACCGGCCCGUUACGACGCCCGCCCGCCCUCCCGCCUGUCCCACUCCAGUGGCUACGCACAGCUCAACACCUACAGCCGUGGCCCUGCAUCCGAGUACAGCGCAGAGGCAGCAGCAGGCAGCGGGGCCCCUCCAGGCACAGCAGGUGGUGAGACAGCCAGCCAGCUCUCCUAUGAGAACUACGGGGGGCACGCUGCCUUCCCAGCCGGCGGUGGCUACGGCGGGUACCGGCUGGGCUACGGGCAGCCCACCAGCCUGGAGCGGGCACCUUAUGAUGCCUACGACCCUAUGGGCAAGUACGCCAGUGCCACCCGCUUCUCCUACACCUCCCAGCACUCGGACUACGGGCAGCGCUUCCAGCAGCGGAUGCAGACGCACGUUUAGGGUGGGCGGAGGGUGGUUGGUGAUGGGGUCUUGGUGACCGUCCCCUGAUAUUCAGGGGCACAUCGUGACCCCCUCGCCCCACUCCUGCUUGUGCUGGGUCUCUUCGAGCUUCCACUCCCCACUGGGAUAUUGGUUGUCUUUGCGGUACCUUCCCAAAGGAGUCCGGGGUGUCCUCCUCUGCUGGACCCCCCAGACUCCUCCCUGUCUUAGCUGGGGGGACCCUGGAGCCCUCCUAAUGGGGGCAUGGCCCCACCAGCACCGCCCGUCGUAUGGCACGUGGGAGAUGCUCUGUGUGCAUAUACAUCUGUGUGCACACAGAGGUGCUGUGCCUGGCUUCUGUUUUCUCCCUAAAACGCCCCAUCCCAGCCUGUUGCCAUUCCCUGUGCCUUGACUCUGGGGACACCCCACGCUCAGGGUUGGCUCCCUUCCGUCCAUCUGUCCGUCCAUCCCGGUACAGCGAGCUCAGCAGAGCCCCCAUACGCACAGCCACAGCCAUGGGAUGGGAGCCCUCUGUGAAUGUAUAUACAGGUGUAUUGGAGAGCAGGGCUGGGCUCACCCUGGAGAGGGGUUUUGGUCCCCAGAUGGGCAAUGGGGUCAGCGGGGACCUCGAUUCUGCUCAGAGCAAGGAUCGAGGCUGCAGAUGAGCACGGUGGCUUUGGGACUUACAAUGUGAGUGUGGAGGCACAGUGCUGGGAUGGGGGUGCACCACCGUGGACCCUUGGGAUUAGGUACGAAGCUCCCUCACCACCUGCUUGGCUCUGGCAUAGGGAGGGGGCGAGCUCGGUGGCCCCUGUCCUGCAGAACUUCCCCCUCCUCCUCCUCCUCCUCCUCCUCCUCCUCGCUGCCCCGUGGCACGCAGGUACGAUUUGGCCGCAGGACGGUUUGGGAAGGGGCACGGCCGGGGGUCCCCUACCCCUCCUGUCCCCACUGGGUUUAACCACGACCCCAAAGGUACUGUCAGGACGGUGCUGAGCCCAACCCAGCCUGAGCCCCCACCCCGGCUGGACCACGUGCCAUUUCUCGCAAUGGUGCCUGAUGUAACCCCGGCUGUCGCCCCAAAUGCUGCACCCCACUAUAGCAAUAGCACCCCGGCAGCAUCCCACCCCGAAGCCAAGCUGAAGCUUUAAACACUUCCCAGGGUGGGGGAGUGGGAACAGGACCCCCCCCAGCCCAAAGGGAGACCUGGGACAGGCGGCAGCGGCCGGAGCCUGGGGGCAAGGGGGUUCCCUCCCAGCACAGGCUGUUGUAGACUCCCCCCCCC